GAGUUGGUAGUGCCAGUAGUGAGCGUGCAACCAUGUCUGGCCGGGGCAAGGGCGGCAAGGGGCUCGGCAAGGGCGGCGCCAAGCGCCACCGCAAGGUGCUGCGCGACAACAUCCAGGGCAUCACCAAGCCGGCCAUCCGCCGCCUGGCUCGGCGCGGCGGCGUCAAGCGCAUCUCGGGGCUCAUCUACGAGGAGACGCGCGGCGUGCUCAAGGUCUUCCUGGAGAACGUCAUCCGCGACGCCGUCACCUACACGGAGCACGCCAAGAGGAAGACGGUCACGGCCAUGGACGUGGUCUACGCCCUCAAGCGCCAGGGUCGCACUCUCUACGGCUUCGGCGGUUAAAGCCUCGCAUUCCUGCUGGACCACCGUGACAAAAACUCAAAGGCUCUUUUAAGAGCCGCACACUUCAACAGAAAAAGAGCUGU